AUGGCCCGCAGCAGCUCCUCGAAAAAGAGCUUGGCGGCCAAGAUGCAGCUGCAGUGUCACCUGCGUUGCCCGCCCGAUCCGAAGAAACCCUACAGCUGUGCGGAGUGCGGGAAGAGCUUCAACAAGAAGCAGAGCCUGCGCAAACACCAGGGGACGCACUCGACGGAGAGGCCUUUCGCCUGCCUGGAGUGCGGGAGCAGCUUCCGGCUCAAGCAGAUCCUGGUGGCGCACAUGGCCUCGCACAUCAAGGAGCGCCCCUUCCCCUGCAAACAGUGCGGGAAGUGCUUCGCCCAGGAACGCAAUGUGCGCAGCCACCAGAGGGUGCACACCGGCGAGAAACCCUUCCUGUGCAUGGCGUGCGGGAAGCGCUUUGGCUACAAGCAGCAUCUGGUCAAGCACCUACGCUUCCACACUGGCGAGCGGCCGUACCGAUGCCCCGAGUGCGGGAAGACCUUCCGGGAUAAGGCCACGCUGAACAUCCACUACCGCAUGCACACCGGCGAGCGGCCGUACCGCUGCCCUUUCUGCAGCAAGACUUGUCGGCAGAAGCAGCAUCUCAACAGUCACCUGAAGGUCCACCGCGGGGAGACGCUGCCCCUGGGGGACACCACCGGGCUCAUCCUGCAAAGGGUGCGUGCCAAGGAGAAGCCAUACGAGUGUCCGCAGUGCCAGAAGCGCUUCCGGAACAAGAAAAUCAUGUUGGUGCACCAGAAGAUGCACAAAGAUGAAGUGCCGCGAAGUGCCCCACUGCAGAGCAAGAGGGGUCUACUUGUGGCAGAUAGAAAGGCCCCCAGGGCAGGCCAAGGGGCAGGGAGGAAGAGGAAGGAUGCGGGGCUCACUUCAGGGAUGCCGUCCGCCCAGCCGGAGACGGCUCCCAUCACCUGCGUCGACUGCGGGAGGCGAUUCACGCAGAGGAAGUACCUGACGCUGCAUCAGAGGAGCCACAGGUGA